UUUGGCUUCCCGUGCCGGUCAAUGGGUGGCGGACAAUUGCAAUGACAUUGCAAACCAAAGCCUUAGCCACAGCCACAGCCUCUAACACCUGCGAACGAGCGAGCGAGCUAGCAUCGACGACGAAGAGGUGGACCUCGCGUGCCUCGCUGGCCGGGCCGGUGGACGGAACACUGCGCGCCGUUUACUAGACCAAAAAAGAAAGCGCUGCGCUGGGCCGUUUCCUCCCGGGACAUGAGCAUGGACGACGACCGCCAGCGGUGCGCGCCGCCCUCCUAGUCGGCGCAGGACCCCACGGUGCCGAAAGCCCGUCACCGCUCGCCCGGCCCCGACGACCCGUCCCGCGAGAACAGCGAGGAUGAGCGCGGCGAAGGCUGUCGUCGGCGUCGCCGUGCUGCUAACCUUCGCCGGCUGCAUCCGGGCCAGCACGGACGCCGAUGAGCACGAUUUGAACGACAAGUUCCUCGACACUCUGAUCAAGACCAAGGACAGCCGGUCGUUCCUCAACGACCUCAUCUACAAGAUACAGCUGCUGCUCAACGACACGGACGAGCCGCAGCACACAACCCUCGCCGCGCCCAAGAGCCCCAAGGAUACCGCGACACGCUGGGCCGCCAAGAGCCGAUUGCCCCAGGUCACGCUGGGGCCGAUCGGAGAGGUGGUCGUCUUCGAGCCUUCGACGGCGGCGAGUAGGCCCAGCAACAGCAACAGCAGCAGCAACAGCAGCGGGCUGAGCUUCCUGCCUCAGCAGCAGAUUAAACAGCAGCUUCAGAAGCAACCUCAGCAGCAAUCUCUGAACCAAUCUCUGAACCACUCUCAGCAGCAGUCUCAGCAGCAGUCUCAGCAGCAGUCUCAGCUGCAGUCUCAGCUAGCAUCUCAGCUGCAGCAACAGGCAUCGCUGUUCAACUUCUCCCUGGAGUCCCUGCUGGCGUUGCCGGCCAACAUUACGCUGGACGCGCUGCAGAUCUUCAACCAAACGAGUUACAUCACCAACGAGACGGUGGUGGACAUGGCUGCAGAGAGAGAGGCCAAGCGUAACGCUAUGGGUCAGGAUGCGAGCCAGCGGGUGGCCACGCUGGGCGUCAUCAUCUGCCUGACGUUCGUGGGCACGGCCACCUGCAUCGUGGUCAUGGCGUUGUACUCAUCCAAGUUCAGUGGCAUCAUACUGCUCAGCAACGGCCGCUGGUGGUGUCCGAUGGUGACCCGCGGCAAUGGCGUUGAACGCCAGCUGCUUGUGUAGUCGUGCCUUCUCUCUCAUCCUUGACUGACUUGUUUUUGAAGUGUCAUGAUAGCUUCUUUCCGUUUUUUUUUAUUCGCUCACGGAACAGACGGCAAAUAAAGCCAAAGGUGUCGUGUACGAAACGACUCGUGCAACGAUGUUGCGACAAGGCUGAAUCGCGCCUGGUGUCUCGUUAACGCCGAAUGGCUUGGGCGAAGGUGAGCGUCAUGAUGUGACGGCGUUGACUGAUGUGUCUGUCAAUUUUAAUAUCGCCGAAGUACAAGUUUGAACUUCAGGACUAUGAAAACCCCAAUGCAAUAAAGCAACAAGAGUGAUAACCCCACUUACAUGGCAUGCUCUAUAGACUCGACGUUGUGAACUGUCGAGCAGGUUUCAAAAGGCUGCUGAAAAAUGAGUCAAUUCCGAAAGCUCAAAGCACGUGCCGACGUGGUCCUGGACUUCAGCUCCGGACGUCAGACAUGUCAUUCCUUGCAGUUUGCUUGCGAAUAAACGAUUGCUAGAGGGUUUGCUACAAUGCCUCCAAUGUAUUGAAAUGUCACAGCGGCCUGCUGUAAGACAGUUCG